AUGAUUUAUCCAAAGGUUGGCCCUGUUUUCUUAUUCACCGGGACUAUUGUCACGUUUAUUGCGACACUGGUGCACGGGAUUACCCCCAUACCUUCUUUGCUCGCGAGCACCGGGAAAUGCAAACCGCAUACAUGGGCUAAUCCAACAACCCUUGGCCAACCUGCCGUUACAAUCUCCAAGCCAUGCCCAACUCACACGACGAUUCACGGUAUCAGAGGAGGUGAUACCCAGCCCGGGGAGAUCAACUGUCGCUCUUUGGGUGACACAUACGAGAAAGUCGGCCCUGAAACAUGCCAGGAGCUUGCAGACGACUUCGGAAUCUCACUUGAGAAGUUUCUUUUCUUGAAUCCGUCUAUGGACCGCGACUGCAAGCACAUACUCCCAUGUGCAACGUACUGCACUGCUGGAUUUAUCGAACCCGAAAGAGCGUGGGACGGGAUUUGCGGCCCGUCGCGUCCGGGCGUCACCUGCGUUGGUACAAACGGGCAAUGCUGCAACUCGGAGACUUGGAGAUGCGGCGAGAGAGACAUUGACUGUGCGCCUGGUACUUGCUGGGAAGGCAUCUGCUGGGGCCAUAAAGUGUACACCACAGAUGGAACCUGUGGGUAUGCAAAUGGGAAUCGCAAGUGCGCUGGCAAACAAGGAACGUGUUGCAGCAUCUACGGUCGCUGUGGAAGAUACGAUGAUUUCUGCGGUGCAGGAAUCUGCCAGUCAGGGGACUGCGAAAGCCAGCAACCACAUCUUGAUGUACUCCUCAUGAGCAGCCAGGUUUGCAAGCCUGGAGAGGCAUCCUCGAUGAAGCUUAACCAAGAUAUCCUCGGAGACUAG